UAGCCUCAGGAGGGCAGGAGAUCAGUAGCGUACGGACACGCGAGAGGUGCACAACGAGGGUGCGUGCGUGGGGUGUGUGCGCAUAGAGGGUGAGUCGCGAGUGAGCGAGGGCAAGUGAGAGCAAAACUGUCCCUCCUCCUCCUCUACCCCCCGGCGCUGCGGGAAAAACUCGCCUCAGCAUGCAACCACCGCCGAGAAAAGGAAACUACGCAAAGUUUCUGAAGAAUGUGCACGCGGAGCAGGCGGCAAAAUUGCAAGCGAAAAAUCAACACGAGUGCGAUCUUUUGGAGGACAUACGUAAUUUCACGAUAAAAAAGUCUGCCAUUGAAAAAUCCUAUUCUGAGGCGUUACUUAAAAUAUCGUCCGCAUAUUUAAAUAAGAAGAUACCGAACAUACCAGAUCUCAAAAUCGAUGGAGCAGAAGAAAAAUGGAACAUGUGGAACGUGUGGCGGACUGUGCUGGAGGAAAACGAGAAGCUGGCGCGCGCACGCCUCGCCGCUGUCGAGGUCUUCCAGCAGCAGAUCGCCGAUGACGCUAAGAGUCUCAAGAUGCGGAAAUUACAAAUCUCGAAGAAGGCAAUCGACCAAUUACUGAUAGUACAAAAAGAGCUCCAAACUUGCGUACAGGAUGUCGACAAAAAAAAAUUGUACUUUGACGAGGAACACAGUGCACACGAUGUGCGCGAUAAAGCAAAGGACAUUGAAGAAAAAUUGAAGAAGAAGAAGGGUUCCUUCUUCCAAUCGAUAACGUCUUUGCAGAAAAAUAGCGCCAAGGUGAGCUCGAAGAGAGAUGCUUUAGAGGAGAAAUCAACUGGUGCUCGUAAUGAUUAUCUAUUGAGCCUCGCCGCCGCCAAUGCCCAUCAGAAUCGAUAUUUUGUAGUCGAUUUACAGACCACUAUGCAGUAUUUGGAACAAGAAGUUUACGACAAAGUAGCAGAAUAUUUAACGUUGAUGGGACGUACAGAACUACUCACUUGUCUAGCCACACAAAACAGCUUCGGCAAAAUCCGUGAUCAAGCUCAGCAGCUCACUAGGGAAUACAAUAUUCAAUGCUGCUAUUUAUACUAUCCCGUUUUGAAGCAACAUAUUCAAUACGAGUUUGAACCUUGCGAUAAUGAUCCAAUAGAUAGGAUAACUGCCGAUCAUUCGGCAGCAACGAUGUUGGGCAAAGAAGCACGUCGCUGGUCGACAAAAAUUGCCCGCGAGGUCAGUAGCAUCCGCGAAAAUAAUCGAAAGCUUCAAAUGCUGCAGCAACUUAAAGAGGCUGGUCAGAAGGUUCGUAAUACUGGAUGUUCUAAAAAAGAUUUAGAUACUAAGAUAGAUGAGUUAAAGCACGCUAUUCGUCGAGCGGAGACUGCAAAACUUAAAGCGGAGGCAAGGAUAGAAUGUCUUCGACACGGUGGAGUGAAUGUAGACGAAUUCUUGCAAGAAGCUGAAACACUCAGUGUCCAGGACAUGCCACGUUCGGCCAGUUCUCUCUCCGUUAGAACAGAUGCAUCUGGUGCAGCGGAACAUCCGUCAUCAGAUUCAUUCUAUGAUAGCGAUGGUGACGGCGGGAGCGACCUAACAACAUUGGAGCGACCUGGGAAGAAUGCGCCUCAAGAAGAAGAUGUCGAAGAAAGGCAGAGGCAUGACAGUGCCGAAGUUGAUGCAUUGCUAGAACAGGAAAAGCAACGAAUAGAGCAAUUAACAGCAGGCUGGGAUGAUCCGACAGCAGUCGAUUGGGAGAAAGAAGAGAAAGACGAGCACGAGAUGAUGCACGAGACACCAGAGAUGCCUUCAAACCAACCCAUAUACAAAUGCACUGCUCUAUACUCUUACACAGCGCAAAAUCCCGAUGAGCUUUCUAUCGUGGAAAGCGAGCAGUUGGAUGUAGUGGGCGAAGGCGACGGCGAUGGAUGGUUAAAAGCAAGAAAUUACCGUGGAGAAGAAGGUUUCGUACCCCAAAACUAUCUCGAUGUGGAGAGAGAACCCGAGAUCAUCACCGGCGGUCUAACUUCGCAGGGUCCAGGUCUAGUUCAGCAGAUCUCCUUCUCGUCUGUUGAUUACACCAUUGAUGAUCACGACGCCGUCGAUCCCGAUGCCAAUUUGCAAAGUGCCGCUUCGGAAACUAUAAUACAAAAUCAUAUUGGAGAAAUGGAGCAGUAUUGCGUCGCGCUUUACGAUUAUGAUGCGACAUGCGAUGAGGAGUUAAGCUUUUUAGAAGGCGACAUCGUUAAAAUAUUGAAAAAAGAACCACAUGAUGUAGACGAUGGGUGGUGGGAAGGUGAAUUAAGAGGUCAGCGGGGUCUGUUUCCCUCUCUCGUCGUGGAGCCCUGUGGCCCAGAUGGAUGUCCUUUGACCCCACAGGACAACACAACACCACCGAGUUCUGCGCCGCCAGUCUUUACCCCACCGGAAGUACCAGAAUUUUUGUUAGCCGAUGAACUUGCUCAGAUGGAAGAAUCACAAGAAGGAAAAAUGGUGAAUGGUGAUAAUAGAUUCAUGAUAAAUUUAUCCCAAGAUCAAAAGGAUCAAUAUGGUUCACAGUUCGAUAGCGAUAAACCAGAGGAAACUCCAGGUAUAUUAGUUGUGGAGGUAACAGAUGAAUCGGGUAAUAAGACGGAAAAGUUUGAGGAUCCCAAAUUCAAUGACGAUCUCAAAUCUGAUGAUCAAAAGGAUGAUUUUGGUCUCGGAGUAGCUCAAAUCGUAAUCACAGCCGCAACUCCAAUGGAAGAGAUCGAACAUCCUUUCCCCGGUGCGGAGGAAACUCCGGGAGAUUCAACAAAAUCCGCAGAAGUCCCCGAAGUUGAGCCGGAAGCUUCAAGCGUGGCUUCAGAUCCAAAUGAAAAUGAAUGUAAAGAAGAAGAAGAAUCAACCAUCAUGUUGGACGAAAAAGAAGCAGAAGAAAUCGAAGAAAAAUCUACAAUUGACGAACUUCCAACCGACUCGGCACCAUUUCCGAUAAGUAGCAGUUCCGGAAGCGAAGCGGAAUCAACUUCCGGUCCCAGCACCAACGAAAAUUCUCAAUCGAGAGGAACAGUAGUGGAAGUGACUGAAGAAGUUACCGAGGUCAUGGAAGAAGAGGAAAUAGCGCCAGGCAAGAUGCUGGUAGGAGGAAGAGCCAGCAUCCCGGAUGAACUGCAACCAGAUCAAUUGGAAAAAUUGCAGACGCUUAAGGAGUCGAACGCCUAGGGCUGACUGGGCCCCGGGGCCCAAAAGGGUAGAAUUACUUUGCCUGAUGGCCACCCCGACAACUUUCGACAUCUGCUAGACUUUUGGCGAUCGCCUGAAGUGCUAGGCAAAAAAGACUAACUGUAAUAAAAACUCACACUAAGACUCUCUCUAAGAGUCAUAAAAUUCUUACGGUGAUCGAGUAUUGGUGGAAAUAAAGACGUUUGGAAUUGUGACUGAAUUAUCUUUAGAAUAAUGAAUGUUAAUAGAUCAAAUGGUACUGAAGACUGUCUAAAAUAUAACUAUAAACGUAAUUAUUUUCAUGUGUCGAAAGCACAAGAAAAUUUCCAGAAUACAAUUUAACUGGCUUAUAAUUAUCUCGGAAAUAAUGUGUAAGUUUUUAUCAAUCGGAAUUAUAAAAAAAAUUUUUUAUUUACAAAACUAUCUACCAUACUGAUUUAUUAACAUCCAUGAAAAGGAAAGAAGAUGUUUUAGCGCAUAUUAACUGAGAAAAAUGAUUAAGUUGAAUAAAAAAUAAUUUUAAGUUGAUAAAAAAUAUUUAAAACCAGUACAGUCACAAAGAAUAGAUAAAUUAAUGUACAAGAUCACUAAGACUUUAUAUAAGGUCACCGAGAUUUCUUUGUGUUGACCGAUUAAUAAGAUACUAGAAGAAUUAAUUGUCCUAUUUUAGGGCAAACUGGGCUUUAAUGAGUUGAUUAAACUCUUAAGUUAAUGAAAAUGACGAAGGAGGCGGAGGGAGAGAUUUUCUUUCGUAGGAAAUGAUGUACAGUGAAACGGAAUAAUAGAAUUGUCGAUACCUGUGUAUUAUAAAGGGCGUACAUUUCAAAGGAAUUACACUGGUGUUGCAUGUAAAAAAA